AUAGCGUUAUAUAGUCUAAUCGAUAGUGACUUGGAAAACUGGUGCAUGUCUAAUAUUGAUGAAAUAUUUCUCAUAGGAUGAUGAUGAUAUUAAUAACGAUCAUGCAUACUCUUUAAUAAAAUCUAUUCCUGUUCAACAACAACAACAACAACAACAACCAACUUCAAAAUCCAAACACACAAAUCCAUCAUUACCUGCUUUAGAUUUUUCUGUCAUAAAAGAUUCAGCAUUAAGAUUUUUUACCGAAAAAGAUGAUGCACAAGAAUCAAGAAGUAAUUCAGUUUCACCUUUAGUAAUUAUUACUAGUAAUCGUGCUCAACAAACUAGCCCUUCAGAAAUGUUUCCCAUUACUAAUAAUCCACCUGAUACUAACAAAAAUCAUGUUCAACAUCGACAACAUUUAUUAAAACGAAGUUCUUCGGCAGAUAGUAUUAUAAAACGAAGUAGUUCUGAGGAACAUACAUCAGUAUUAGUUAUUGAUGAUGAAGAAGAAGGACCACGAACACCACAACAUGAAAGAAAAAAUAUACCAAUAACAAAUCGAACAGAACCGAUCCCAAAAAUUCAAUAUUCGCAUAAAACUCCAUCACCAAUGAGAAAAAAUGGAAAAUCACCAGCACUUAAAUGGAAUUCAUCAAUAACUACACGGUAUAUCUAUCUAUUCACAGCUCGACCAGCUGCUGUUAUACCAUCAAUAACUCAACGUGCAAUUCACGGUGUUUUAGUUAAUUUUUUUCGCAUUGGUGAUGCAUAUCAUCGUGGUCUUAAAGUAGCUGUGAAUGAAUUUGUAUUAAAAUCAUGGGAAGCAUUUCUUAAUUAUCUCAAUCGUCAACCUAAACUUGUUUUAUCAACUGGUGGUAUAAAUCAUAUUUAUUCAUUAAUAGGUGAAGAAAUUCAUUCAAUUAGUCAAUUUCAACAUCAUCAUUCAUAUGUUGUUUCAACGGGAGUAUUUUUUCGAACAAAUUAUCAUUGGAUUGAUCAUGCAUUUAUUGAUGAUUUCGAAACAAGUCUAAAUCUACAUCCUCAACCAGGUUCAUCUCUUUAUUGGAAUGCCCGAUCAUCCGUUAAUCCACGUUGGCGUUCACCACAGCCAUCAUCAUCAUUAUCAACAUUAACUAGUGAACAAAUCUAUCUCUUACCUUAUUCAAAAUUAAAUAUGUAUGAAAGUUUAAUACUUAAUCGAAGUAUAACACAAACAUUCGAUGAAUGGUUACAAGAUCAUAUCACUGAUUUACUUUCUCAUUAUACAAAUAAUGAAAAUAUAACAAAUUUAUUUGCUGUAUUAAAUUCCACAUUUAUAGAAGUUAAAAGUUUUUCUAAAUUAUUUAAUAUUAUGAAAACAACAGAUACAUUUAUCGCUUGUACUCAAGAUGAAUAUACACAUGCGAAAAAUUAUUUUGAAAUUAUUAAACCUAAUGAAUUAUUUAAGGAUCGUAAAUCAACAAAUAACAAACCUAAGCAACAAUAUCCUUCGAAACGAGCUAUUGACGAUGUAAAACUAUCAAUAAGUUGGAUUCAUGGUUAUAAUGGUGAAAAUGAAUUAACAAAAAAACUUUAUACACUUCCGGAAAAUGAAAUACUUUAUGUUAUUGAUUCAAUUUGUAUUUUAUACGAAACAAAUUUAAAACAACAACGUUAUUAUACAAAACAUAAUUCUUCAAUAACUGCUGUUAAUAUACAUCAAUCUCAAUCAUUAGUUGCGUCAAGUGAAAUAAGUUCAGUGAAAAAUAAUCAACGAGCUUUAGUACAUAUUUGGGAUCAUGUUAAACUUGAAACAAUACGUGAAAUACAUAAAGAACAAUUUGGUUCGUUUAUAUCUUUAUUAUCAUUUUCGCCAAAACCAGAUGAUAAUUUACUAUUGAUUAUUUCACGAGAUAAACCUAAAAUUAUUUUAUUCAUUGAUUGGAAACGAAAUGAAUUGAUCUAUAGUAUUACAUGUAAAUCUGAUAAUAUACUAUCGGUAUUAUUUGUAUUCGAUACAACAGAAUGGAUUGCAUGUAUUAGUCAACGACAUUUACUUUUUUAUCAUGUCAAUUGGAGUUUAAGACCAUUACGUAUGUUAGAACGACGUGAAUCCGAAGUUCAAAAUAUUUAUACUGGCGCAGCAGCAUGUGAUAUUCGAGGUGAACGAUUACUUGUUGGUGAUGAAGUUGGUAAUAUUUAUGUUUGGAGUUUAAUUGAUAAUGAACCAAAAUUAGUUGUUGUUCAAGAAUGUCUCGUAGAAAAUGAUGUUGAAAUAAUUAUAUCAAUUAAUCACGAAACAUUUCUCCUUGCUAAUAAACAAAAUCAAAUCAAAUUUUGGAAUGUUAAAUCAGAUACUACUGAACAAAUACGAUUAAAUGAAAAUAUGGGUUCAAUUCAAUCGGUUUGUCGUAUUCGACGAGCAUCAAAUUCAGUUACAUUAGCUAUAGGAACGAAAUUAAAUUAUAUCAUUUCAAAAGAAAUUGGAAACGAACAAUUUAAUAUUAUUAUGCGAGGACAUACAAGUCCAACAACAUGUAUAUGUUGUGAUAACGACAGUCAUUAUUUCUUUUCUAUAAGUUCCGAUCGACAUUUAUUUAAAUGGAAUGAUAGAACAAAAUCUGUUGAAUGGUCAACAAAAUCUACACAACCAAUAUCGUGUGCUGAUUUACAUCCUCAACGAAAUAUUAUAGUUCUUGGAACGGAAAUAAGCAAAUUAAUAAUUUAUGAUACUUUAUCAUCAUUUUAUAUAACAACAAUAACAUUAAAAUUUAAUACAGGUGUUAAAUCCGUUCGAUUUUCUCCUGAUGGUUUAAAUCUAGCUGUUGGAUUACAUAAUGGAAAUGUUUGUAUAUUUGAUGUCAUAGGUAAUGGAGAUUUUCAUCUUCGUACUGACGGAAUACUUCAAAAUGAUACAGCAGCUGUAAAUAGUGUCAUAUGGUCAGUUGAUACGAAAUAUCUUCUCGCUAUUUAUACUGAUAAUGAUUAUAAUAUUUGGACAUUACCAUCAUUUGAAAUUAAUAGAGCAAAAAAACUUCAUAAUAUUGAAUGGGAUCGAAUUGUACAUCCAAUAAUGUGCAAUGUAUUAGAUAAAUCUACAAUUGAUACUCAUAUAUCAGCAAUUAAUCUUUCAUCAAAUCUUGUUCUAUGUUGUGGUAAAGAUGGUCAACUUCGUUUAUUUCAAAAUGAUAAUGAACAUAAUUCUCAACUAUUUCAAUUUGGUCUUGGUUCAAUUCAUAGUAUCGUUUCAUCACCAAUAAAAAAUACAUAUCUUUUAUCCUUAACUGACAAUCCUACGAUUGUUGAAAUUCAAAUUAAUACUAAUAAUAGUCAAUAA